CCAUACAGCCCAUGGAAAUCAAAAGCAGAAUGGGACUUAGUUCAAUGGCUCUGCAAGUGCGAGCUGUCUCAAGCUGAAAUAAACAAAUUUCUCCGGUUGGAAUUUAUUCACCACCUUGAUCUGUCCUUCUCCUCAGCAAGGGAGAUGUACACGAUAAUCCGAGUGUCGCUACCUCAGGGGCCACCUUUCCAGCAUGCAACGGUUGUGCUAAAGGAUGCCCCAGAUGAGCAGCAUGAGCUCUAUUUCCGCGACAUCAUUGCAUGCUCAGCAUUUCUGUUCAGUAAUCCUGACUAUAAG